AUGGCGAAAGCUGAGGUUGUAAUUGUUCUGUCUUUGUUGUUGGUGACAACAGUGGUUGAUGGGUUGGGAGGGAGGAUGAGGAUAAACGAUGUGAAGAAAAACAAAGAGGUGCAAGAGCUUGGGAGGUUCUCGGUGGAGGAGUAUAACAGGCGGAGCCAAGGGCGGUUGCGUUUCAGUUUGGCCAAUGGUGGGCCGUCGACGGCGUUGGUUUUCUCUCAAGUGGUGGGAGCUGAGAAACAGGUGGUUGCUGGGAUCAAGUAUUAUCUCGAGAUUAAAGCCAUGCAAGGUGGGGUAACCAAGACCUUUGAGUCAGUGGUUUUGGUUAAGCCUUGGGUUCAAUCCAAGGACUUGCUUAAUUUUUCCCCUUCUACUCAUUAAAAGGAGUAGUCUUUUUCCCUUGUAAUCUUAAUUAAUAAAGCGUUUGAAUAAGAAAGGAUGGUAAUUAACUGCUUGUAUGUCAGAAAUUCUGGGGACUGGGGUUAUGGUGAAGAUGAUUGAUUCAAAGCACAAAAAAUUUAACAUCAUGUAAAGAUGCUUUGUUGAUUAAAUGAAUUAGAAGCAUAUCAUCAA